AUGGGAGGAAAUAUUUUUGGAACAUUAGAUUCAUACUUUUCCUUAUAUAAACACAUUAUGGAUAAUGUUGAUGAUACUCGUAAUAUAUAUAGUAACGAAUGCAAACAUAUCCAGGAAAUGGGCAAAGAAGAUGAUCAUCAUUUAAAGUAUAUAAAACGUAUAUGCCUUAAUUGGUUUCCAUAUUUACUUCAAAUACAAUUUAAAGGUGAAAAGGAAAGAAGAGAAGGAUUACAAUAUAUGUAUUAUUGGCUAUAUAGGUAUUACAAAAAUGAUGAUAUAGUAGAAGAAGAUCUUAAUACACUUUAUAAGAAAUUAAUAACAAGAUAUAAUCAAACUAGUUUUGCCCAGCGAACUGGAAAACCAACUCUACCAGAUGAUAUAAACGGACAACAAUGGGAAAUACUCAUCGAUAUAUGUAAGUUGAAUACAGAACUUAAUAAUAUAAAAAAAUUUUUAUUUGAUUCUUCUGAAAAACAAAUAUAUUGCGAUUAUGCAAAAGGGCGCAUUGAUACAUGUAUGCAGCACAUUGUUGCAUGUAAUUCUAAUUCUAGCCCUACUAUCUGUAAGAUAUUUAUAAAUAUUAAAAAUGAGAUUAAUGAAAUAAUAUUAGAAAAAGGCUGUUAUAAUAUUAAUAAACAAAUAUCUCCUUCAUCAAAUUUUCAAAAUGAAUCGCUGGAUUCAUCCAGGACUAACAAUUCAGGUACUAUUAUAAUUUUUACUGUUUU